GCUCCGGCUACCGGGACCCGAGUUUGGAGCCGGGGUUGCCACCGUCCCGCCCCCCAGCCCCCAGGGGGCCGGGGGCCACGAGCCAUGUGCUGUCCGACCCCCCAGCCCUAAGCCCAGGUAAGGGAGAAAGAAGUAACCCGGAGCCUUCCUCCUGGCCACUCUCCCCUGCUGCCGCACCAGGUGGAUAGAUUGGACCCCCAUCCCCGCCACCACCACCUGUACCAGCCUCGGGCCCCGCUCCCCACCAGGCUGACCCACCCCUCGCCCCGAGCCAGACCAUGCAGAAGGGGAAACGCCAGUUCCUGCCUGAGCUGCCCGGGGAACAGCGGGUCUGGCCCGGGGACCCCGCGGACAUUCGGGUCACCCGGAGGCCGCUCAGCAACCAAACUGAUGACCUGGGGGCACCUGGCACCGGCCGCAGGAAGACCUUGGUCCUGAUAGACAUCGUCUGUCUCCUUGUGGCUUCCAUCCCCUUCUUCGUAUGUGAGAUCAGCCGAGUGCAGCCCACCCAUCGGGGCUUCUACUGCAACGACAGCAGCAUCCGCUACCCUCUGAAACGGGUGGAGACAGUCAGCGAUACGGUCCUUAUCUCCGUGGGCAUCCUCAUUUCUGCCCUAUCGAUCGCCCUGGGGGAGACCUACCGUGUGCGCUACCGGCGCCUGAGCUCCCGCUCCUUCGUGGGCAACUCCUACGUGGCUGUGCUCUACAAGGAGGUGGGUGCCUUCCUGUUUGGCUGCACCGUGGGCCAGUCCCUCACCAGCAUCGCCAAGCUGACCGUGGGCCGUCUCCGUCCCCACUUCCUGGCCGUCUGCCAGCCCGACCCUGCCCAGCUCGACUGUUCCAGGGGUUACGUGCUGGACUACGUCUGCACAGGCCGCCCCUCUGAAGUCCGGGAGGCCAGGAAAUCCUUCUACUCAGGCCACGCCUCCUUUGCCAUGUACAGCAUGCUCUACCUGGUGUUCUACUUGCAGGCCCGGUUCACGUGGCAUGGGGCCCGCCUGCUGCGCCCACUAGUCCAGUUCAUCCUCAUCCUCAUGGCCCUCUACACCGGACUGACCCGGGUCUCCGACUACCGCCACCACCCCUCGGAUGUGGCUGCUGGGCUCCUGCAGGGAGCCCUGGUGGCUUACUGGGUGGCAUUUCACAUCUCAUCCAUGUUCCGCUCCAAGAAACGCUCGGCCCUGCUCUCUUCCUCCUGCCCCGAGAGCCCAGACUCCAAUGGCCACACCAACUGCUAACCCCAUCCUGCUCCCGGGGCUCCUCCAGGGUCCGCCCCCGCCCACCCUGACUUCUCCGCUGGCUGCGGCCCUCCAGCCUGGCCCGGACUUCUGAGACCCCAUGCAGCCGGUCUUCUCGGCGGCUGGGCCCCAAGACCUAGGCCUCCAGGAUUCUCCUAGCCUUCCCUGGACUUUCAAGGAAGGUAAUUAACGGGAUACCACCACAGGAAGUCGGAUGAUUCAGGAAGGCCCACCUCGACCUGGCGGAUGACCCAGGAAGCCUCGGACAGGAAGUUGCCCCUUCCCUGGAGUAUGGCAUAGGAAGGCCUGCCUUUUCUGGCCAAGCGAUACCGAAAUCCUCCCCAAGGGUAGGACUGUUCUUGCCCUUUCUCUGAGUCUUGACAUUUCAGCCUCUCUCAGCGUGGGCCAGAUCUGAGCCCUAGUCUCUGGGUAAACUGGGUAUAGCCCAAGGAUGAAGAAGCGAGGGGGCCAGAGGGAGUAGGCCGGGGCCCUUGGGCCCUCCCCCUGCUCUUCGCCCUGCCCCAGCAAUAAUGUGAAGUGUACAGUAUGGUAUGUGUUUUUUAAUAAACGGUACAGCUGGAGCCGGGGGUGGCCCCUUUAACCCCUGA